UAGUGCCCUUAUGCACAAGUACAGGUCACAGCACCAAAAGGAACGUAACUAUUUUCUGCUCCUUUUUACAUACCUAUUUUUUUUAAUUAUAUGUAAUCAAAAAGAAGACUUUGUCGAGCAUUUAUUAAUAAAGAUGGCCAUCUUUUUCCUGUACUGCCUUCUUGCCUGUAUCUGUGGGAUAAGUCUCGCUAACGGGAACGCAAAUGAAAAGAUUUACUCGGACAACAUCACUCGCAUUCUGGAUCGACUCUUGGAUGGUUAUGACAACAGACUACGACCUGGAUCAGGAGGUGGUAUUACUGAAGUGAAAACAGACAUCUUUGUCACAAGUUUCGGACCUGUGUCAGAUGUUGAGAUGGAAUACACCAUGGACAUGUUCUUUCGACAGAUGUGGGUUGACGAAAGGCUUAAAUUUGAGGGUCCCAUUGAAAUCCUGCGGUUGAACAACCUAAUGGUAGACAAUAUCUGGACACCGGACACGUUCUUCCGUAACUCCAGAAGGUCCAUUUCCCACAACAUGACCACACCUAACAAGCUUUUCCGUAUCAUGCAAAACGGAACCGUCCUCUACACGAUGAAGCUGACAAUAAGUGCAGAGUGUCCAAUGUGGCUUAUGGACUUCCCCAUGGAUGGUCACACUUGUCCUCUCAGGUUUGGAAGCUACGCCUACACCAGCAGUGAAAUCAUCUUCACCUGGAGGAAGGGGCCGGUAGCGUCUGUGGACUGUCCCAAAGAGUCCAUAAGUCUAUUGCAGUAUGACCUUGUGGGACAGACUUUGUCCAGCGAGGUUUUCAAGUCAAACACAGGUCACUACUCCGUGCAGGUGGUCCAUUUCCACCUGCAGAGGAAGCUGGGAUAUUACCUCAUCCAGACGUACAUCCCGCUUAUCAUGGUUGUUGUGCUGUCACAAGUUUCUUUCUGGAUCAAUAAGGAGUCCGUUCCUGCACGUACAGUGGCCGGCAUCACCACCGUGCUAACAAUGACCACCCUGAGCAUCAGCGCCCGCCAGUCACUGCCCAAAGUAGCCUACGCCACAGCCAUGGACUGGUUCAUCGCCGUGUGUUUCGCCUUUGUGGCGUCGGCCCUCGUCGAGUUUGCGGCUGUCAACUACUUUGCCACGCUGCAGGCCAACCGCCUGAAGAAGAAGAAAGCCCGACAAGACAAGCUGGAGGUUUUAGCGACGGCCAGUGACGACGACGACGACACAAUUUCGCAGUCCACCACCGGCCCUCAAGAGGGCCUGAAGAGGAGAAACCACUCAGUGUGUCCCAGUGAGCCAGCGGAGCCUCCGCCACUGCCCAUAUUCCUUCAGCAGGGCUCAGCUUUUCCUCAAAUUCCACAGCUGGCGGGGACCAGCCCCAUCGAUAAGUACGCCCGCAUUCUCUUCCCCCUGACCUUUGCACUCUUCAACCUCGUCUACUGGUACGUCUACUUGGCCAAGGACACCAUGGAGAGAGCCAGGUACACGCCCGGAAUGACGGAAUGAGCGUUUUUCUGCUGUUGUCUGUCAACGGAUAUCAAUCUGUUACAAUCAGCACCCACCAAAUGGAUUCAUCUUCACCAUCGCAGAGAUGCCUUGUUAUACAGUAGAGCUGGGGUGUCCAAAGUGCGGCCCCCGGGGGCCAUUUGCGGCCCGCAGGUCAUUUUUUAACGGCACCACGGCACAUUCUAAAAAUAUGAUGAAAAAAAUAUAAAAAACAUAAAAAGUGGUAUAAAAGAGCAGACAGGUGAAAUGUAACAAGAAAAUGUUGCAUUAUUUACUCUAAUAACACAAAUCUGUCAUGCAGGCUGUUUCUUUCUUUAAAAAAUAAUAAUGAAUCAAAAUCAAUUUCAUUAUGAAUUAUUGACCUAUUCAAGGCUCCAUUUACUUCACAUUAAAUAUUCCACUUUGAGAUAUUUUGGGGGGGAAAUGUUGCAUGUUUUUUGGUUGCCAUUUAAAAAACAACGUUUUUUUAAAGAAGGGCCUAAAAAGAACAAACAAAAAACAUAAACAACAAUAAAACGUAUAAUUGACGGAUAGAUCUGAAGUUGAUCUUGAGACUAUUGUGGUAAAAGUUUAAAAAAAUGUUGGAUUUAUUUUUUUAAACGUACCUUUUUGGAUCCCCAAUAAUUUUAGUGGGACUUUUUUUUUUUUUAAGUGUCAUUGCUCAAAAAAAUAAUGAAUUAAAAUCAAUGUUGUUAUGAGUUAUUGACCUUUUUAAGACUCCAAUUAUUAUAUAAUCUCAAAUAUUCCACUUUAAAAUUUUAUUGGGGAAAAUAUUGCAUAUUUUGUGUUUUUUUCCAUAUAAAAACACGGUUUUCCUUGACAAAAAUGGCAUACAACUUAAAUCUUUAAAAGCGUUAUAUUGACAGAUAGACCUAAUGUUGAUCUAGAGAUUUAAACCUUGAAUAAUAAUAAUAAUAAUAAUAAUACUAAAUAAUGACACAUAUGUAAUAUUUUUUUGGACCAAAACCUUUUGGGGUCCCCGGGAUCAAGUCUGAGUGGAGGCCUAAAUGUAUCUUUUUUAUACAUAUAUUGUAUUGGUUUUUAAAAUAAAAAAUAUGAAAAUGGCCCCCGCUUGCUUUGAUUUUUCAGUGUGCGGCCCUUAGUGGAAAAUGUUUGGACACCCCUGCAGUAGAGAAUACUGAGUAUAUACAUACACAUACAGCAACAACUAUCUAUUUUUCUCCAAUUGAUCCUGUUCAAAGUGUAGCCCAGGGGUCGGCAACCCAAAAUGUUGAAAGAGCCAUAUUGGACCAAAAAUACAAAAGACAAAUCUGUCUGGAGCCGCAAAAAAUGAAAAGCCGUAUAUCAAUCAAUCAAUCAAUGUUUAUUUAUAUAGCCCUAAAUCACGAGUGUCUCAAAGGGCUGCACAAGCCACAACGACAUCCUCGGCUCAGAUCCCACAUCAGGGCAAGGAAAAACUCAACCCAAUGGGACAAUGAGAAACCUUGGAGGGGACCGCAGAUGUGGGGACACCCCCCUGGGCGACCGGUGCAAUGGACGUCGAGUGGAUCUAGCAUAAUAUUGUGAGAGUCCAGUCCAUAGUGGAUCUAACAUAAUAGUGCACGGAGGGUCCGAUGGGGUAUUCAUAUGGAUAUUAAAGUCCCCCAUUAUGAUUAUAUUGUCGCCGUGCAUCACUAGAUCAGCGACAAACUCUGAGAAUUCACUGAUAAAGUCUGAAUAGGGCCCUGGGGGGCGGUAGAUAACAGCCAGGUAGAGAGACAGCGGUGCGACAGACCUCAUAGUAAGCACCUCAAACGAUUUAUAUUUAUUACUUAGGUUGAGGUU